GUCCCUCAACGCCGCCAGCGCCGCCUCAGAGCCGAAGCAGAGUAAGCGAAGCAUACCGGAAACACCACUGCCGUCCACCGCACGCUGCCGUCCACCGCACGCCGGCGGGCAGCCCUCAGACAUGGGCAGCCUCCAGCGCUCCAGCAGCCUCGGGAGAGCAGGCGAGAGCAGCCUCCAGACGGCGGCCCGGAAAUAUCUUGAGCGAGAGCAGAAGCUCAAGAACUCGCCCUACGGGCGGCCCCUGGUCAAGAGCCGGUCGGACCCCGCUGCCAUACGAAAACAGCGCUACUCGACCAGCAGCUCCGAGAUCGGCAGCGGCGUCGCGCGGCAGCAGCAGUCGAAGGCGAAGAAGCACCGGCAGCGCAUGGAGGACGAGGCCUUCGCGCGGCAACUCUUGCUGCGCGAGGGCCUCGAGGAGGACGCAGCUAUAAAACGCGACGAGGCGCUCGCGCGCGAGCUCGCGAAGCGCGACAUGACGCCGCCCGUAUCAAGCGAAGGGCGCGAGCUGACGCCGCUCGCGCGCGAGCUGGCGAAGCGCGACGGACUGACGCCGCCCCAGGACGCCGGGCGCGAGCUGGCCAAGCGCGACGCGGCUCGGGCCCUGACGCCGCCCGGGUCCCGGGAGCUGACGCCGCCCCGAGCUUCAGACAAAGCGCUGAGCCUCGCGCGACGAGCAGAUGUAUUAAGGCCCAAGUCGGCGCGGCGGCGGACGCGGACGCCGUCGCCGCCGCCGGAAAAACUCAGAGACAAGCUUGUGGAGAGAUUGCGCGAUUUCGGAUUACAAGAAUUUGAUGUCGCCGGCGACGGCAACUGCCAGUAUCGCGCCCUCGCGCACCAGCUCUUUGAUAAUGUCGAGCUCCACGCGGACGUGCGGCGGACGGUCUGCCGGCAGCUCGCCGCGGAGGCGGACCGCUACCGCGGCUUCGUCGCGACGGAAGACGACGUGGACUACGAAGCGUGGGUGGCCCGCAUGGCGUGCGCGGGCGAGUGGGGCGACCACGUUACCUUACAAGCUGCCGCCGACGCCUACGGCACGCGCAUCUGUCUGGUGACGUCGUAUGAGGACCGGGGAAUUUUGCGCGUGGAGCCGGCGGAACCAAUUGAGGGGGAGGAGCCGCGGACGGCGUGGCUCGCCUUCUGGGCCGAGAUCCACUACUCGUCCAUCGUGCCCAUGUGCGAGGCCGUCGCGGAGGCGCCCGGGUAAGUACUGGUCGUUGUUA